AAGACAAAGAUUAUAACAUCCGUUUUUCGGCAUAAUGGAUCCUCACUGAGGCAAAUAUAUUAAAACAAAAACAAAGCGAAACAAACGAGAAAAUAAUCGUGGACUUAUUUGCGUACCCGAACGUGGGGAAACAUCGGAGGUCCUCUACAAAACAACAAAAACCGAAACUCCGCGCUGCUUUCGGGACAAUGGCGGUGGACAGACGCGAGGAGAAAGAUGGGGAGCUGAAUGUCCUAGAAGACAUCCUGACAGAGGCACCAGACCAGGACGACGAGCUCUACAACCCAGAGAGUGAGCGAGAGCUCUGUGACAAAAAACCUCUGCUCCGCCUAGGGGCCAAGAGGAAAAGUGAUCACUCUGACAGCCUGGACCCCAAGAUGCUGCGCGCCUCUGGUCAUGCUCCCAGAGUCCCACAGUCAAACAAAAGGGGUCCUCCGCUACCCUCUUCAUCAAGUGGGAAGAAGCCCAUUGCCCCAAGGGGCCGCCCAGCACCCAGCUACAGACACGAUUACUAUGACGACCGAAGAGCCCGUGGGGCUGUCAGGGUUCCACGGGGUGUGGAGCAGACCAAGGCCCAUGGGGAUGAAGCCCCUACCCGCCGGAGAGACUCGGAGCGUGGGAUGGAAGGAGGGGCUCCCGGCCUAUCUGAGAAGCUCAGGCGCCCUGGAGAAGAAAGGAGACCCAGUCCUGCCCCCAAGGACACACACCAGUCAGAAGACGAGGAGGUGGAGGAAGAAGAGGAAGUUGCUGACGAAGAGGAUGUGGAGUUUGGGACUGAGAAUGACAGUGGCAGCUCCUCAGCUGGGGCCUCCCAUGUAGAUGAGGAGGAGGAGGAUCAAGAUGAUGAUGAGGAGGCACAGGAGGAGGAAGAAGAGGAGGAGAUGGAGGAAGAGGAGGGAGAGAAAGGAGAUGAAGAAGAGGAGGAGGAGGAGGAAGAGGAGGGAGAGGAAGAGGAGGAGGAAGAGGAAGACUAUGGCAGGGGAUCGACCAAUGAGGGAGGAGCUGACUAUGACACACGCAGUGAGGCCGGCGACUCACGCUCAGCUGGGGGCGGGGCCUCAUCCUCAGGAAGCUUCUCUGAUGGCGACUCGGUCCACUCGGGCUCUGCCUCUGCCUCUGGUUCGGAAAAGAAGCGCGAGAAGCUGUCUUCAUCUGUACGAGCGGUACGCAAAGGCAUGGAGAACCAGACAAGUAAACUGAGAUAUAUCCUCAGAGAUGCAAGAUUCUUUUUAAUCAAGAGCAACAAUCAUGAAAAUGUCUCUCUGGCCAAAGCCAAGGGGGUGUGGUCGACCCUUCCAGUAAAUGAAAAGAAGCUGAAUGCUGCCUUUCGUUCGUCGAGGUGUGUCAUCCUUAUUUUCUCUGUCCGUGAGAGUGGAAAGUUCCAAGGUUUUGCCCGGCUGUCGUCUGAGUCGCACCAUGGCGGGUCGCCCAUCCACUGGGUUCUACCAGCUGGCAUGAAUGCCAAGAUGCUUGGCGGUGUGUUCAAGAUCGACUGGCUCUGCAGGCGUGAGUUGCCCUUUACAAAAACUGUCCACCUCUCUAACCCUUGGAACGAACAUAAGCCUGUCAAGAUCGGCCGUGAUGGACAGGAGAUCCAGCCGGACGUCGGUGCCCAGCUCUGUGCCCUCUUCCCUUUGGAUGAGAGUGUUGACGUGCACCAGGUUGUCCACGCCAUCCGCCGCAAGCGCCGCACACCCUCGGAGCCCCGUCCCCGUGGGCGCCCUGCCCAUCGCGAGCCGGGAAGGCGUCGCACAGAAGAGUACGAUGUUCAUGGCAGGAAGCGCCCGCGUGUGGAAUAUCCCUCGGAGUACAACCAGCGCCCAGGUUUUGUCCAGGAUCUUCGUAACCAGCCCGUUGACAGGCGAUUCUCGAGUGUGCGGAGAGACGUUUUCCUCAAUGGGUCCUAUAAUGAUUACAUCAGAGAUUACCAUCAUGGUGUAGGACCCCCUGCCCCAUGGCAAGCUUUGGCACCUUACCCGGGCGUUGAGCAACCCCACCACCACCCCUACUACCACCACCACCAUCAUCACGGUCACCAUGGUCACCAUCCCCCGCCCCCACCACAGGCCCACCCACCUUACUCUGGCCACGCCCACCACCAUCACAGUGGCCACGCCCACCACCAGCCUCCAGCACCCCAGCAUGACGCUCGCUUCCGGGAGAAAAGGCUGGCGCGUGCCUCCUUCUCCUCAAGUCCGCAUGACUACGACAUGCGGGUGGAUGAUUUCCUACGUCGGACACAGGCGGUGGUGAGCAGCCGUCGUGAGCGUGAGCGCCAGCGUGAACGGGAGCGACCCCGUGACAAUGGUGCAGGAGGAGGAACAAGUGGCGGAGGAGGAAGUGCCAGUGGGAGGAGAGACCGUGAAAGGGAGCGUGGGCGAGAGAGAGACCGAGAAAGGGAAAAAGAGAGGGGGCGGUACCGGAGAUGAGGGGAGGGAGAAGUUGGGCAGGAAGGAUGUGGUGGAUUCAUGGGCUUCUGGAGAUGAGGGUUAUAUGUAAUUUUUAUGUCAAAAAUGGCUGUCGAAAGAAAUUUUGAAGGGCAGUGGACCACCAGGGUAUGGCAAAUGAUGCUACGUAGCUAGCCACACCACCAGUCUCCCGUCAUAGCUGUGACCAUAAUUUCUCAACAGUGGGUCUUUAUAGCAUUGAGAUAUUUAGUUCAGUAAUGAGUUGUAAUACUUAAGAUUACCUGACAUCUGCAGUUUGGCACACUGAAUGCUAUAUACUACACUACAUGGCAGCGGCGAGGAUUGGGCAGGGUGUGUGCCGUUUACCUUUCCCCUCGUUUGUUAGUGUUUAAUUACAUCCGGUAUGGUUUCGCCCUUAAACCCUGAAAACUCGGAGCUCUGCUUUUGUCCUGUAAGCAGGAUCGUUUUAUUUUGUUGUUGCAGAAAAGGACUGAGGCUCUCUGGAGUAGCUAGCAUGCCCGUUUCUGCCUGUUGUUUUUGAAGUAUUUUGUCUUUUUAUGACUUGAAAAAUAAUAAUGUACUAUACCUAGAAGUAAACUGUCAUGGUCAAUAAGAAAAAAAAAAACAAGCAGACAAAUUUGGAUAGUCUUUAAUAAACUUGUGUUUAUGUAAAAACAAAAACAGUGGUCAUCAGACACAGUUUUUUAAAAUAAAGUAAAAGUUUUUUGGCAUUUAUCUCCGAACACCAGUGGGCUUCUGCUAAGAUGGUGUCAGAACUAUUUUCCUCUGCUGUUGUUGACCAUGUGUUUCACGGGGUUAUCGAAGUUCAAGUUCAUGGCAUUAAAAGUUCAGUCUGUACUUGAUGCACACAGCGGCGCUGCGCCCCCUCCUGCCGUUGUUUUGAUCAGACUUUGUACACAUUGUUCAUUUUAUAACUCGCAAAAUUAAAGAACUCGCCAAUU